AUGAUUUAUACCUUACUGAAUAGAUCACUAGAUGCUCGUGGUAGUGAUAUCUUGAAUCCAAAAUGCAACAAACCAUUACAACAGGUUAUCCACGAGACUGUCUCAUUCAUCAUUCAUGAGAAAUAUUCUCGCUCGACUUACUCAAAAAACGAUGCUUCGUUGUAUGAGUUUCUUGAUUGGACAUUGUCAACUUUCCUGUAUAAUCUAGAAGAGCUAAAUGGUGUCAUUCUUGGAGAAGCUUCAGAGGCUGGAAAGGAGCAUCUGGUCAAGUUAUUACUUGCGACGGAUGGGAUCAAGAUCGACUUCCAAGACUAUCACGGCCGGUCUCCGCUGCAACGUGCAUUCCGUGGAGGCCAUCGAGUUAUUUCGCGGCUAUUAAUUGAAGCAAUUACCCAGCAGAACAAUUUUCACUAUCCUGUUCUGUAUGGAAAAACGACUAUUGUUAAGUUGUUGAUUGAGAAUGGUGCUGAUAUUAAAGCAAGAGAUAUCGAGGGCCAAACACCGUUAUCAUUAGCUAUUAGGAAUGGGAAAACGGAUGUCGUAAAUUUAUUACUCAGAGAAGGUGCUAAACCUGAGGCGAAGGAUAAGAGUGGAAUUAUUAAAGUCCUACAGGUCUCGAAUAUUUGCAUGUUCUCGGCAUUUAGUUCCAUAUUCAGCAUCCUUCGAGUCUUCCUUAUUUUGCAGGCUCCUGUCUACAUAUGGUCCCAGGGGUCCUAG